CUGCAUUUAUUUUCUAUAUAUUCUAUAUUAAAUUUUACAGAAAAUUUUACCAAAAUAAUAAUGUUGUCGACGCUGUAUAAGCGUGGUGGUGUUGGACUGUUGAGAAGUUUGAAAACUAAUCUAACAGAUGUCGUUGCUGUCUCAAAACUGUCGUCUGUUCCAGACCCAGCAUUGAUCCAGGAAGGAGAACUGAAGCCCCUGUAUCUAGAUGCACAAUCCACAACCCCAACCGAUCCAAGGGUGCUGGAUGCCAUGCUUCCCUACCUAACAUCCUUCUACGGGAACCCGCACAGCAGGACCCACGCCUACGGCUGGGAGUCGGAGAAGGCUGUUGAGGUGGCCAGGAAGCAGGUCGCCGGACUAAUUGGAGCUGACCCCAAGGAAAUUAUUUUUACCAGCGGAGCCACAGAGUCUAAUAAUAUCAGCGUCAAGGGAGUGGGCAGAUUUUAUAAGAGUAAGAAGAAGCAUAUUAUAACCACCCAAACAGAACAUAAAUGUGUUCUGGAUUCAUGCAGAGUCUUAGAGUCAGAGGGAAUAGAGGUGACAUAUUUACCAGUGGAGGCUUCUGGCCUGGUUAACAUGGAGCUACUUGAGAAAAGUAUGCGUCCUGAUACCUCCCUUGUGAGUAUUAUGACAGUUAACAAUGAGAUCGGUGUUCUCCAGCCUGUUGAGGAGAUAGGGAAACUCUGCCGGAGCAAGAAGAUUUUCUUCCACACGGAUGCUGCACAGGCGGUGGGUAAGAUCCCUAUAGACGUGAACAAGAUGAACAUCGACCUCAUGUCUAUCAGUGGGCACAAACUCUACGGACCCAAGGGAGUCGGAGCUCUAUAUGUAAGACGACGUCCAAGAGUUCGUGUUGAACCUAUUCAGUCAGGAGGAGGUCAAGAGAGAGGUUUAAGGUCUGGUACUGUCCCUACCCCCCUGGUGGUUGGACUGGGGGCAGCUUGUGAAGUUGCCCAGGAAGAAAUGGUUUAUGAUAAACAACAUAUUGAUUAUCUUGCAAAUAAACUUAUUCAGGGAAUACAAACAGCUAUGCCCAACGUAAUUCGUAAUGGAGACGCAGUUCAGACAUACAACGGAUGCGUCAAUUUAUCCUUCCAUUGCGUAGAGGGAGAAUCCCUGCUCAUGGCUCUGAAGGAUAUUGCUGUAUCCAGUGGGUCAGCUUGUACCUCUGCUAGCCUUGAACCCAGCUAUGUACUGAGAGCUAUUGGAGCUGAUGAGGAUCUAGCACAUUCAUCCAUCAGGUUUGGAAUUGGUCGGUUCACAACGGAAGCUGAAGUUGAUUAUACUAUUGAGAGAACAAUUAAAGAGGUUACCCGGCUGCGUGAGAUGUCUCCCCUGUGGGAAAUGGUUCAAGAUGGCGUCGAUAUAAAAUCUAUCCAGUGGACCCAACAUUAAUCUCCAAUAUGUUGAAAUAUACUUCUGUAAAUUAUCUUUAAAAUGCGCAUAUUUUUCUUUCAUUGUGAUUUAGAGUUUAACUAUAAAUUAUCAUUAUUCAAUUUAUAAACUAAAUUUUGAACAAAAAGCCCAAAACCGGUUGUUUUUCAGA